AUGGCCGAAGUUCUCGGUACAGCUCUCUCGAUCGUCGGGGCAGUUGGAGUCCUCGGCCAAAUCUUCUCCGGUUGUAUAACGGCGUACUCACUCUUUACGACCGCAUCUAACCUCACACGAGACUCGGAGAAACUGAUUUGUAAGAUUAAGAUUGAGGAGAUGAGAUUGUUGGUUUGGGGACGGGAAUGGGGAGUGUUAGAGGGGAGGUUUGAGGAGGAAUUGAAAAGGGAGGAGGGGAUUGGGAAUGAGAGGAUGAGGGGAUUGGCCAUGGAGAUUCUGAGUGAGUUGUAUAGGACUAUGACAGAUUUUCAGAAAUUGAGGGAGAGGUAUGGGGUUGUGGAGGAAAGAUCGGGAAGAGAUGAGAUAGAGGGGAGGGAGAAUGGGGAGAAAGGGGUGGAAACAGAGAAAGGAGGGUUUGGGUUGGGAAAGCUGAGUUUGAGGAGCGAGUUGUCGAAGAGAGUCAAGUGGGUUAUUGGCGACAAGGAGAAGUUCACAGUGCUUUUACAGGAUCUGAAAGACUAUAACGAUGGUUUGGAACAACUGUUUCCACCGUCAAGAUUAGCGACCCUGCAUAGGACAUGGACGAAUGAGCUACUACAAGGUGCGCAUCGCGAUUUGGGCAAGCUGAAAAUGUUGGAGACGGCGAGUAGUGGGGUAUAUCCAGCAUUGAAUGUUUCGGCCAAUCUCAAGCAAUUAAGAAUCAAUCUAGAUGAGAAGGAGACCAAAAAUUUCAAGCCAACUUAUACGCUUAAGAUUCAACGCCAUGCAUUGGUAGUCAAGAAUGCGAACAUGGCAAGAAUUCAUGGACAGUACAAGAAUCCCUCACUAGUAGAAUCACAAGAAAUCAUAGUGGAAUGGGUGGAGUAUGAUAGAGAAGACCUCGACGCUCGAUUAAAUCACCUCCGUCGAAUAGAUGACCUCGCAAGAAUGAUUCACAGCGCUUCAGAUCGACACCCUGACCUCCAUACGAUCGAUUGUCUCGGCUACACAGACGACAAUACCUCCUCCCGCUACGGACUCAUCUACCGUUCUCCCUCUUCUGCUCCCUCCUCCUCCACUCUCAAUUUCCUCAUCACCAGCAGCGACUUCCGCACCCCUGACCUAGGCGAUCGGUUUAAACUCGCCCAUACACUUUCUGUUGCCCUCUGGUCUCUCCAUUCAUUAGACUGGCUGCAUAAAAAUCUCUGCAGUAGCAAUAUCCUCUUUUUCCCCAGCGCAUACACGAAAAGUCUAGGAAUCUCGAAAGAAAAGGACAAUGUUCCAGAUAUAAGUACACCAUACCUCCUCGGAUUCGAUGCUUCACGCCCAGAUCAUAUGGGCGAAAUGUCCAUCGCAUCGCGCAAUCCCACUGCGGCAGAUCUCCACCGUCAUCCAUCCUCUCUACAUUCCCCUUCUUGUCCGCGCAAACAGUAUUGUAAAUCUUUUGAUAUAUAUUCUCUAGGAUUAAUAUUACUAGAGAUUGGUUUGUGGAAAAUAUUGCAAACGUACCAUAAACCGCAUUAUUCGGCCGAAAGGUUCAGAGACAAGAUUGUGGUGCAGAAUUUAGUGCCGGGGCUGGGAAGUAAAGUUGGGAGAGGAUAUAAAGAGGUGGUGGAAAGAUGUUUGGCGGUUAGAGAAGAUUUGACUGGGCUGGAGGCGGGGGUGUUGAUGGAGUUUGUGGUGGGAAAGUUGGAGGGUUUGAGGGUUUGA